AUGGUGGACAUACAGCAUGAUGGCGACAAUGCCAGCAGCAUCUCAGCUCGUACAUCGCGUAUCCUAGGCGCAGAAUGGAUACCCCUAGUCCACGGCGUAGGGACCGUGGUACGCUCAGUAUACGACUACCUCCAAGAGGGACCUUUGCGAUCAACACUCCAUCUGAAGGACUGGGAUACUAUGGAUCCUGACGUACACCCUGGGCCUGACGACGAGCACUUGUUGCGCAUCAAACAAACAUGGGCGGACGAUGAGAACAAGGCAACUUAUGAUGAGACAUUGUACUUGUUAAGAAAGAUGAGUGCGUGGGAGGUACAUUUCCUGAACACUUGGGAGGCGCAACAAGAAGAGUGGGGAUACAAUGGUGGCUGGUCCGCUCCGUUUGUUUGGUUAUCAGUAGUACCCAAGGAGUACUUCAAGCUACAGCGGCAAAGGCAGCCUUUGGCUUUGCUCAUCUUUGCCUACUUUGGUGCAUUACUAGAGCAGACUCUUCAAGAUUGGUGGACAGAUAGUUGCGGGAAGAGUAUCGUCGGCGUGGUCGAUGAUUGCCUAGGAUCGUACUGGGCUGAAUGGAUGGCAUGGCCAAAACAAGUUGUCAACCAGCAGCAGCAACAACGUUAUCAGCAAGACGCCGAGAGCUAA